GCGAGUUGGGAGCCGGAGCGGUGAUUCGCCGCGAACCCCUCCGCGUUGCCGGCUGAAGUAGUGCGCCGCGGCCUGGUCGGGGAGCGCGAGGCGCCCCGCUCGCCUGGCUGCUCGGCCCGCCGCCCUCGCCCGCCGCCCGUAGCCGCUCGCAGCCGCCGCGACCGCCGCGACCUGCGCGCCGUCGCUCUUGCGUCCAUCUGUGCGGCGCGGUCGCCGGCAGCCGAGCGCGCCGAGGUUUCGCUUUGUUGAGUUUCGACGGCGGCAGAAGGUCGGGGACGGAGGGAGAGGAGCGAUCUGGUUUUGAUGGAGCUUCACACCUUACAAGACGCUCUCAAGCACGAAAUUCAGCAACACCAGAAACUGGUGUCACAGAUCAAGCAGGAUCCACAGGACGUGGAGCUGAAGAAGCAGCUGCACGAACGGCAGGCGCGCAUCACGGCGCUCAGCGAGAAGCAGAAGAAGGUGGUCGAGCAAUUAAGAAAGGACCUGGUGAACAAGCAGCACCAGCGGCAGCACGGAGCGAGCGGGGACGUGCAGCCGCAUGCAACCAAGAUGGUGUCACGGCCACCUGUCGCGAUCGCCAUUCCGCUGGUAAAAGGCGGCUCCCACAACGCACAGCAGCAGCAGCAGCCGCCACCACGGCAGGUCGCUCCAGUCGCCCCCGUCGCCCUUCUUGCUCCGGUUGCGCCCGUCGCUCCCGUCGCGCCCGUGACCCCAGCGGCGGCGACGUCGCUAAGUAACGGGCAGAAGACCCCGCCGCGCGUCGAAGCGUCGGCGCAGACUUCUCCCGGCGUUCAUGCAGCACCGCAUAGGAGCAAGCAGGCUCAGGUCGGUACUUCCCAGGUGCCUUUGCGAAUUCCACAAUUCCCGGCAGUGCAGAGACUCGUGGGUAAAAGUCUUGCCAUACUUCCGGAGAUCAGACCCAAGCCCCUGGCUUCAUCCCCCAGUGCCCAGGAGAGACCGCACUGCAAUGGCAAGAGCGGCAGUGGGGCUCAUGCGCGUGCGCUGCACGCUCACGUCGCCAACGGCACAGCUGGCACGACUAUCAAGAGCGGCUCCUCUGUGGAUGAGGCCAAGCCCACGCCGACAAGAGUGCAGGUGGCCCCAGGAAGGGGGCGGCUAGACGGCUCCUCCAACCACGGCCCGUCGCCCCAUCACGGCACGAGCGCUCAUGGCCGGUUGCCGCCGCCACUGCCGCACGGCAUGGUCCAUCACGCACGCUCCAGGAUGUCGGACAGCGCCGAGAAAGUUGCCUUCAUGGUGGCUCUGGGUCUGGCCACACCUGAACACGUCGAGGAGCUGCAGAGCCGGCGACAGGAGAGAAAGCGACGAACGACAGCCAACCCCCUGUACAGCGGAGCGUACUACGAGCCCGAGUGCAAGCGCGGGGCAGCCAGCUACCUGAGCAGCAGCUCCUCCGCUCACCAUACAACGAGGAGGCGAGUUCCUGACGACCCUACGUGGCGGGCGGAGGCGGAGGAGUGCUGCUGUGUCUGCAAGCGGAGUGGGCUGCUCCUCACGUGCGACGCUUGCUCCGGCCUCUAUCACCUCGAGUGCCUAGAGCCGCCCCUCAAGGCCACCCCACGCGGCGUCUGGUUCUGCCAAGAAUGUCAGCAGCAGGGCUUUAAGAAGGACGACGCCAUGCUGUGGCCGGAGACCCUGGCAGUGGUGCACGCGUACAUCGCGCAGAAAACCACUAAAGAGGAGGAGCGUCGUCGCCUGCUGAAGCGCUCGGCCGAGCUGCGGUGCCAGUGCGAGGCGACGGAGGGACGCGUCUCCACCGUGGGGCUGCUUAUCACGAAAAGCGUCGAGAGCCGCAGCGAUCUCGUCGCCAAGGAGGACCAGAGCCGCGCUUCGCUGGAGAGGCUACGGACGCUGCUGGCUCUCGUUCAGGACUCGCGCUCGGCGACGGCUGCCUGCGCCGCCACGCUGGUGUCUCUGUGACGUACUCGAGCUGCGCGGACGCGCACGCGCACGCACGCACCACCAGACGCGAAUUCACAAAUCUCGGAGGCACGCACACUCGGGUAACACUUGCACAGUCACUCGUGCACACGGUUCGCUUACAGUUACAGUUGGGUAUACGCGCGUGCGUGCGUGUGUGUGUGUGGCAGUCCCCGCACACUUGAGUGAGCUCGCAGAUAUGUGGACGCACAGGAAUGCUUGCAACGGGCACGCCUACACAGGACACACCACAUGAACACAUACAUACAAACAACCAUGCUCACUCGUGUGUGCUUUGUGUAGUCACAUGGGAGCACGUGCACAGGCGCUCCCGCGUACGCAUGCAUGAAAAUGCUUGUACAUGUAUACAUACACACACGCUCAUGGGCACAAAACAAAGAUCCCCCGUAUAGCCUGGACAGACUUUUGGGGCAAUUGCUGUGAGCGAGCACCUAUGAAGGCCGGCACGGCAGGGGAUGGGUGGCCAGCACCGCGCCCGACCACCUUUGUCUCCCCAGUGGCGAUGUUUACACACCGCACCAGGUACUCAUUUGAGGCUGAGGUGGCCUAGGUGAGGCUCGGGACCGGUUCAGAUAAUCGUCACUGGUGUUGGUGGCCGUGAGCGGGAAUCGAACUCGGGUGGCCGGGUUCGUAGCGCAGCACGCUGACCGCAGCGCCAACGCUCCCCACACGGGCGGGCACGCACGGGCACACACGCACGGGCACACACGCACGGGCACACACGCACGGGCACACGCGUUCACACGCACGUUCACACACGCACGGUCGCACACGCGUCGGAGUGCGGUAACACCCGGCAUGCACGCUUGCUCGCGUUGGGAAGGGCGCGAGCAAAGGCACGCCCAGGUGUGUGCUUGGUCUGUGAAGAGAUGCAAAAAAAAAAAGUUUUAAAAAAAUCCUCACAAAAAUAUAUCCACCCAGUAGAAAGGGGGUGGCAUUUGAUGUCAUCGUUAUUUUACAAAGAGCUAUUUCUAUGAAGACACAAGUGUUAAAAAUUACGAGAUGGAGAGUUUAGAACAAACCGGCGGGGGGAGACGAAAUGCAUUAUCAGUGCACACAUUUUAUAUAUACACACACACGUGUAGCUAUGUACAAAAUCGAAACGCUUGAUUUAAAAAAGGUAAUUUUUUGUGGUGGAAGGCAGAAACACUUAUAAAUUAUUGAUUAUUUAUGAGUCUUAUUUAUUAGUGGGUUUUUUUUACGUAACUUGAUUUAUUGUUCUCCGUGAUGGUGCUUUACAUGAAACAACUAUGAAAGAUAAUUUUUAUUUUUUACAUUUUUAGCAUUUUGCAUGGGAAAGGGGAAGGUGAGGGGUAGGGGUUCGGAUUUAAUGGCCGAGAGAGAGAGAGAGGGAGGGUGUGUGAAAUUUAUUAAUGACCUAAUAAUACAUUGUUGCCAUAGAUACAGAUUUAUGUUGCUGUUAGUGUGAAUAUGAAAUCUGCUGACAAAAGUCCCACUGCAGAGUUGCAAAAAAACUGCUUUAAAUAUAAUAUUAAUGUAGUAAAAACCCUCCCAGUAAUGAGGGGUAAGCCUCUUACCCCAAGUAGGCGAGUAAACCGAGGCAGGGAGAGUGACCAGUGUUACGUGAGCCGCCGUGCGAUUGGCUCUCCCGCAUCGUUCUGGCCAGUCGCGUUUGUCGGACACGGCGCCAGCAGGGUGGCGAUGGGCUUGCGGCGAGACGGGGGCGAGAGUGUGCGUAGUUAUUGACGUUAUUAAUAUUACGAUACGAUUAAUAUUUCACGUUUUGAUAUUUUUGUUUCCCAGCCCCCCUUCUUCCCCCUGACAAAAAUGGCUCCAGAGAACAAAAUGACUGAAAGGAAUAACAAGGAGUGUGCCCUUGUAACCGUCCGCAUUAAAGGUUGCACGGAACGCGAACAAAAAACGACAAAAAACUAAAAAUCCAAAUGUAUGUUUUCCUCGUACGUCUUUGUUACGUUUAUUUAUAACGCAGUGUUUAAAUUUUGUUGUUGUUGGUAUUUCUGCUGCUACUCCGCACGCUGGGCGGUGCGUUAAGCACGCCGGGCCACGGAGGUAACCAUAUCAUAGAUUGUUUCAAUGCUCGAGUGAUAUCUGGUGGGGGGGGGGGGUGAUCGAUUGUUGUGAUGGAGCAAAUAUCUGUUCGGUUAAACCACCAACGCCCCCCCCCCCACCCCUCCGUUCGGCUUGCCCACCACCCCAUCUUCAUACCACGGUUACGUUUCCACAACGACAGGCAGCUACCACUUGGAUGAGCCACGGUGACGCUGCUCGUGACAGGGAGGUAAUCGUCACGUUAAGCCUUUCCCGUUCCGAUGACGUCUGCGAGUUGCAGCGCGGGGGUCCCGUUGACCGCCGAAUCUCGGAACGUCUGAGCGGCCCGGCAUUGACUUUACUUAGGGAGGCGGAGUAGCGCCGUUGUGUCUCAAGACGUCGUUACUCACCGCAGAAAACCAUAGCGACACGACCGCCGCACUCUACGAUUGCCGGCGCCAAACUGUGCCGCACGCCCUCCUGCAUGGCCUUCUGGGAGCCUCGGUAACGAUAAAGAUAUUUUAUUUAAGUUUUUUUCUCGAUGUAUUUUUCCCCAAGUACUUCAUCGGAAAAGAAACGGACGUACACACGUACACACGUACACACGUGCACACGUGCACACGUGCACACGUGCACACGUGCGUUCUCGGAAUGGGAAAGGGUUAUAAUCGUAGUUCUGAAGCAUACUUUUGAGGCGUGAUGGAAGUCGAAGGGAAACGCAGGAGAAAUGUACACCACCUCAUCUCCGGAUAUCUCGUCUGCGUUGCUUGGAUCUAAUGCCACGGUCUGAGUAAUGGGCACCCAAGUACCGGCGUUGUUUUGGGAGGUCUCGUGUCAUGGCUUGAGUUGAGCGCUGCGUUGCCGAGUUGUCAUUUUUUUGCUGCCGCCCCAAUUUAUGUUGAAGGGAAUUUCAGUUGUUUUUUUUAUUCCCUCCAGGAAAGCCUUAACAAAAGUGUACAUUUAUCUUUCAAAAGGGUUGCUUGGCGAUGCCCAGGUCAGUUCCAGUUUAGGUACGUCUUUCUUUUUAACAAACAUGACAAAACGUGGAGAAAUUGGUGAAAGUUCAUCACGCGCGCACGGGAAGGGGGGUUGGGGGGAGUUCUGUAAAACCAACGCGUUCGCUCGCUAUCCUCCCGACAGGCUGCAGGUGUCUCUGCGCUCCGUGGCCCUCUCCCGAGAUUCUGCAUUGCAGGAAUUCUCCGCCGUGCGGCUGGAAUUCAUCGUCACGCUUGUGUUACAGUUCUAAGUUAGGGUACCAUACAGGGGUAAUUCACACACGCGUGGGAUCAAUAUAGUCUGCAUUUUACUGAGCAGCUGUUGUUGAACAGUUUGACAGAGAAGGGGGGGGGGGGGGAGUGUUUGUGUUCGAUACGAAAUGCCUCGUUCUUCCCAGCCGUAGGAGAGGAAACAUCCCGAAACAUCGUACACGCCGUCAGUGCAACUGCGUGUUGGAUGUAGAUUCAAGAUGACUAAACAACUCGGACGCGAUCCGAGGUCCAUCUCUACAACCAGCGUUAAAACAAAACGAAAAUGAUUGAACGUGAACUGGCUUCAAGAUGCAUCUUGAAGCAUGUGUAACGUGACACUUGUUUAAACACACGCAAUCUUGUCCCUCUCUAAAACAUUAAUUUUGUCUGUAAAAUAAAAGUAUUGUGGCCAAACAAUUAUCAAA